GGCGGAGCGCAGAGACCCUGUGGCUGCCAUGGCCGCCUCCCCCUCCCCGCAGCCUCCCUUAAAUACUACGGGGCCGUAGCUGCGACGGGCGCCGCUGCCGAGCGCACCAUGCGGGCUGUCAUCGCCUUGGCCGCGGCGCUGGGCAGCCUGCUGCUGGGCGGCUGCCUCUUGCGCCUGGGCGGCCAGCAGCCCCUCCGCGCCAGGGGCUGGGAGGAGGACGCAGGAAUAGCGGCUGUCACGCCGAAAGUGGUGCGAGCCCUCAGGUCUCCCCUGACGCCCCUUCCUCAGACCGAGAACAGGUACGGGCUGGACGCCCGCAGAACAACUCAUAAUAAAAAUGGAAUUUACCAGUUUGAACAGGCUUCAAAAUGUAAGGCAAUUCAGGACAACAUUUUGUCAUCAUCUAUCAAGAAGAAAAGAUACUCAGAAGAUUAUUAUCUUCACAUAGUCACAAAACUGCAGAACUGCUCCUGGGUAAGGAAACCAGAAGAAUCUACAAAAUUCAGGUCAGAAUUAGCUUCCUGCUGUGAUGCAGUUCACAAUUUUAUUGCUUCUCAAAACAACAGCCCACUGGGAAGUAACAUGAGUUACGAAGUGGACAGUAAAAAGACUAUUCUCAUUACACAGGACAUUUUUAAGAUGCUGCCUGUGUCCUCUCCUCUUUCAGUCUAUCCCUUCAAGAACUGUGCUGUGGUUGGAAAUGGAGGCAUUCUGAAAAAUUCCAGCUGUGGAGCUGAAAUCGAUAGUUCUGACUUUGUGUUCAGGUGUAACCUCCCUCCAACCACAGGAAACAUUAGCAAAGAUGUUGGCAAUAAAACAAACCUUGUGACUGUUAAUCCGAGUAUCAUAGCUCAGAAAUACAACAAGCUAAAUGAAAAGAAGACAGAAUUUCUGGAAAACAUUGCGGUCUAUGGAGAUGCUUUUCUUUUACUGCCAGCAUUUUCCUUCAGAAGCAACACUGCCACUUCUUUUAAAGUGUACCACACUCUGAAAGAGUCCAAAGCAGCCCAAAGGGCAAUAUUUUUUCACCCCACUUAUCUGAAAAGUCUUGCCCAGUUCUGGAGAACUAAGGGUGUGAAGGCCUACCGGUUGUCAUCUGGUUUUAUGAUCACUAGUGCUGCUCUUGAGCUGUGUGAGAAUGUGAAGCUCUAUGGCUUCUGGCCUUUCUCAAAAUCCACAGAGAAGAUGCCAAUCAGCCACCACUAUUAUGACAACCAGCUGCCUAAACCGGGUUUCCAUGCAAUGCCCAAAGAGUACAAUCAGAUCCUUCAGCUUCAUGGCAAAGGCAUUUUGAAGUUGCAGUUUGGUAAAUGUGAAUCGGACUAAAAAGGGUGACGGUCCUAAGGAGACAAUUUGUGUAUAUCUCAGCAAUUCGGUCUUGGAUUUGAUCUGAUGUGAUUUUUGUGAGCAUUAAACUGCAUAUAAUACAGUUCUACAAUAAUGCUACAAUAGAGAAAUAUUUUACCCUUGGGGAGAAAAGGGAGUGAUUUUUUCACACAGUGACUGCUACAUUUAAAAAAUUUUGAGUGAUCAUUUUUUAAAAUACAAAGUAACAAUUAUUUGAAAAAUUCUGAAAUUCCUUACUGCUGGUUUAAUGGUAGCAAAGCACAAUCUCAGGAUGGUGGCAAUAUGUGACAUUCAUCAUGUUUUGCUUCUAGAGGAUCAUUAAAAUAUUUUGACAUAAGAUCUCUGGUUUUGUUGAUAUCACAUAAUAUAGGCAAUAGUCUCUGUAUGGUGGCUGCAUGAGUUGGCAGUGAAUGUUUUCAAUUAAGAACUUCAUCCUGUAAAUACUGGCAUUUUUCUACAUGAGAGAAGUGAUGAGAGGAGCUGCAGAGGAGUAAUUAAUUGAGAGCCAUGUCAUUCUUAGUUUGUCCCAGGGUGCACAGAUGAGAAAAUCCCUCAGGUCAAAGGUAGUUAAGUGGUUUAUGGGCUUUCAUUCUGUGGGCAGUAAGUAGUGCUGUGGAUUUAAUGGGCUUUCAUUUUGUGAGCAAUAGAGGAUGCUGUGGAUUUAAUGGGAUCACUCAUAUGAGUGAUGUUAAUUCUGAGAACACAUGUAUGAAGGACCAGAGCUUUAUAAUUAUUUAUAAACCACUCUACUUGCUUGUGUUCCUGUCUAAGGUCCAGUUCAGUUUCAAAUGAGGACUGUGAACCUGGUUCCACACUACAACCCCCAGGGUCCUGGUAGGGCAUGACUUCGCACAUAUUCUUGCUAUUCCAGUUCUGUGUCUUGGCUCAUACAUGAGAUGGAAUUUCCAUUAGAAAGAUGAUGGGUACCAAGCCUAUAAUUCAAUUUCUUUUCAUGUAAUAUAGCUUGUACUCAUAUGUGACUACAGAUAGUGAAACUGCACUAAGCAUUAUUAGAAGAAUGUUCCUCUUACCAUCAACCCCAAGUUCCUCUACACCAGGAUGUAUGAGAAAAUGGUCUACAUUCAAUAUACUCAAUGACUAUAUCCAGAUUAUAACCUGUGUAGUUCUUUAAGUUUGCCAUAGGGUCCAAGAAUACAUGUGGAGCAACAUCCUGCAGCAAGAGAAAGUGAAAUAUGAGCCCAGUGGAAAGAAUCAUUUUAACAUUUACAGGAGCUUUGACAGGCAGUUGUACCCUGUUACUGCUUUAUGCUUAUACAUUCUACUGCAGAAAAAAGAAAACCAAUCAAGCAAGCAAACAAAAUUUAAAAAUUGAAGUAACCAGAUUCUGAUACAAGUUUCACUGACUCUUUGGAGAGUCCUUUGAAUGUUCAAGGUUCAAAGAUAGUGUGACCUUCUUCUUUUACACUCAGAUACUAUCAGGUAUUUUGUUUAGUAAAAUUCCUUUUGCUGCUGCAACAUUAAAUCCCAAAUCAACUGAUUUAAAGAGCAUUCAGUAUUCCACUCUUUUAGGAUUAUAUCUGCAAAAAAAACUCCCACUUAAAUGAAUUGGACCUUAUAAAACAAGGUUCAGAAAAGCCUUUUAAAUUUGUACUUUGUAAGAGCAUUACUGUAUUGUAAUAUUUGAACGCUUACCUUGCAGCAGUUUUAUAAUUACAUAAACACUCCUGGAAGUAUUAGAAUCAAUCAUUAUGGUUACAGGUCUGUUGAUUGAGACACAUUCAGCAUCUGGAUCCAUUUCCAGGAAUUAUGAUAUCAGAAUCCAGUAUUACUCCUACCCAAGCAGAAGCGUCCAUAAAUUCUGAUACAAAUAUGAGCAAUAAAGUCCAUUUUUGAAAAUAAGGGGUAAAAAAUACAUAAUGCUUUGAGGCAAUACGUGAUGCCACUAAUACACAUGUGGACCUCUGAGUGUCAGUAGAGCCUUUAACAGAAACAAAGACAGCAGAAUUGAGCCAAUGAGUCCAUCUGCAUUACCAGCUGGUAACUGGAAGAGGGGAGCACAAGGGUUUGAUUUUCUGUGAUCUGUUCUAGUUCCAACAUCACAAUCCACAUUUAUUCUUCCCCAGCUGUGAGAUUUUUACCAUUUUCUGGCCACAGUAUCUGCUGCUCAUGUGCAGAGAGCUGGCUGCUGAAAGAACCUCCACCCAUGUUAUGAGUGUUAUGGAUGAUUACCUAUUGCAACAUCCUAGUUAUAGAUCAAAGACAAAUUUGCUCACAAAAGAGCAUCUCCUCUGCUAUAAAUCACUCACAUGGUGUUUUUAAUAGAAGCUGUGCAAAGUGAUGUAUUUGUCCUUUGGGUGAUGCAAACAGCUGAGGUUGAGAACAGUCUUCCUGCAUUUCAUCCAGGCAGACAAAGGCACACCUGUGUUCAUGUAAGGACUGUAACUUACUCCAGUCUAGUGAGGUGAUCUUGGCUGUGUAGCAGCUACAUGGUUUGUCUUGGGGAAAAUUAAUACAUCUUUUGCAGGUUCUUACAUAGUAUCCAGAACAAUUGCAAGUGCUCUGUGUGCACACAGAGAUAAUGCAAGAUCAUUCUUUGCUCAGACUAAAUUCAAUUAACUGCUCAGCCUGAGUAAAGGGGCAAAACCUGGUUGAGUGAAGUAGAGGAUGGGGAGAGGAGAAAAUUAAAUUUAUUUACAGCAAUUUUUUCAAAAGCAUUUGUUAGUUAGUUCCAUGUGGCACUGCCUCAGAAUAAAUGUAAACAGUGUACCAUGACACACCACAAAGCUGAAGUUACUGUGUGUCAGAACUAUUUCUGUGCAGCUACAUUAUUUGAAAAAUGUGUAUUAGUGUUACUGGAAAGAUGAUCAGAAUACAUUUUAAGAGAGAUUUAGCCAAAAAGAGGAAAUCUGUUCUGGCUUCCUUGACGAAAACAGAUUUUAACUGAAGGUAUGUGAUGUAGCACUCACAAUUGAGAGCAAAUGGAAAUUUCUAUAGUAUGGAUAGCCACUGCCUUUUUAGCACUGUUUCCACGAAGUUUAAACUUGCCAAUGACUUGAAGACCUGAUCUUCCACACUCUCAAGGCUCUCAGUGAUUUAUGUGGACCAGAGGGCUGAUAAGAAAUGCUUGAAGGAAUUGUUGACCUUUCCUACCCUCUCCUACAAAUGCUCUUAACUCUCCAUAGAAUAAAAAUAUACUCUAUUAAACUUUAAUAGAUUAAGAUCCUCAGGCCUUGCUGAAGACAUGAAGUUAGUAUGAAAUGUUAGUUGCAUCCACUUCACUCUGCAGGAGGACAGACAUUGUACUCAGCUUUAUCACAGCUACUGGUGCUCUGUGCUGCGUGGCUGGGUUGUGUUAAUUCGGACGCAGGCUGGGCAAGUUAAUAGUGCCAUUUCUGCAUCACAGGACACCAUCAGAUUGAUCAAGACUUGCUGAAGUACACUCACUGUGGGAAAUAAUGUUGUCUUGGGUAGCUGAAUACAUUAGUACUCAAUUAUUUUACACCUGUGCCAGGUUAAUAAUAAUAAAUGGAUUUUGUACCUGGCUGGGAAGGUUUAUGCCACUUUUGCAAGACUGAGCCAACAUCAGUUUGGAUUAAGGAUUUUUGACCAAAGGUUAGUAAGAACUUUUCAACUCUCUCUAUUUCACAUGAGGAAUAUGAAUUUUUAGGUUUUGUGGACCUCCAGUGCUGUCACAUGCUGUGGAAUGAACGUUGAGAUUAAAUAGUUUUCUAAAGAUAGAAACACUGACAGUGUGCUAAUAUUUCCACUGUACCUUCGCAGAAGCUGACAGUGUCCUUGCACGACUGCAUCGCAGCAUCAUUAGAUUAAAGCCUGCCUGGCUGCUUUUAUUCCUUUUUCUCUUCUGAAUCUCUAAUGUUGCAUCCUCCUUCAGGAUCCAGUGCUGCCUUGAGUUGGUUAUUUGUCUCUUUGCCCUGUGGAGUGCUAUGCAGCCCUGUUUAGUGUCUUAAGGAGUUUGUGUGACUGUGAGUCAAACACUGCUAUGCUUGCAGCAUAGUAAAAUGUGCUGUAAAUGACUGGGUUUGCAUCUCAAGGAAGGCAGCUUGGUGUGAUAUUCACAUUGCCUGACUGGAGGUGCUAAAGUUGGUGUGUAGCUCCAUGGUGACUUCAGCUGGAAUGGCUGCAAGGUCCAGUCCCUGUUCUUGUGCUGCCCCCCUCCCUGCAUGCCGUGUCCGGCCUCGGCCUGUCCCACAUCGAGCUCUUUUGGCACUCUGAGAUGGUGAAACCCUACCAGGGCAACAGAAUGAGAAAAUUGGUUCAUGCCAAGAGACAGGGGAAUUUUACAGUCAAAGCAAAGGAGGGGAUAAGACCAUGCAGGUGGGACUGUAAGGACACAGCAGGUGCCUUUUGUUAUCUGACAGCUGUUGGACAGACCCAGUGGUCCCCUGAAAGCUUGACCAAGUUCAGAAGGUGACAUCUCUGAGGGUCUGCCUGGUCAGAAGGGAGAGAUGGGCCCUGCAAGGGGGAUUGGCAGCACAGCAGCUGUUCUGGUGGGCCAGAGCCCAUCUCUCCCUGUGGUGCCAGAAGGUGCUUAAGGCAUCUACACUAAAGACUCCAGGUGCCUACACUGCUGAUUAUUGCUCACCCUUCUCUCUUUCCCAUUACAGUCAUUUUAACAAGCUGGUGACCCCAGCAGAUUCAGAAAUGACAAGCAGAAAAAAUUCUCAGUUCACUGAUCAUAAACUUGCAUAAACUUGCUUGUUAUUCAGCAUUCCUUUGUGUUCAGCCUCUUCUAAUCCCAGCAUCUAAAACAGCAUCUGCAGAGAACAGAAAUGAAUGAGGCCUGAGGGGGUUGAGACCUGCCACUCUCACUUUGAUUCUCUUUCCUUUGUACAGUAGGGAGAUGACUGACGUACCACCAUGCUUGACAAAAGAUGAAAUUGUCUGUCUUGAGUGACUCAGGAAAAGAAACUAAAUUAUCUAGGUGACUUCUGACCUGUGGCUCUCUAAAUUACCAGGAAAAUAUUCCUGCUGUUAGGUAUUAGUUGAUUUUAUUUAGUGCAAAUACCUGGAUCAGUUAAUUAAUCUGGGUUAAUUGAGCAUGUACGCCUUGAGCCUGCACAGACUCCGUGGUGGAGCUGCAGCCUAACACAGCAAUCUAGGUUUAGAUCCAUUUGACCUACAGAUCUUCUUCUGUCCUGUCACUUGCUCUCCUGUGACAAAUUUGUGGAGAGAGGACCUGAAUAUCCAGGCAGUAGCUCCUCCAGGGACACUCAGGUCCACAAAGCACACAUUCAUCUGUAUACAGGAGUUUGUGAGAUCAAACUCAAGGAAUAUUCUGUGGAGUGCUUUAUUCUGCAACAGCUCUAACUCAAACAGCUGAUAGCCACUUGCUGCAUGCCCUGAAGCAGUAGAUUUCUUUGCACGUUAGCCUUUUAGUUAAACAUAUCUUAAUUGAAAAUAUUCAAAGUCAAGUAAUUCUUCAUCUUGUGGUACUUCAGCAGCAAACCUCUUUAAUCUCUAGGUCUGCUAGCCAGCAACAGUGACAAGGGGGCAUGUAGUUACUUUAGAAGGCCCAAAUCCCUUUGAUUUUGAAUUCUGUCAUUUUAGGCAGGACCAUCCUUCUUUGAGUUUCUGGACAGAAAAAUUUCAAAUGCAGCUAAUCUCUCAGGGCACUCUGGGGAAAUCCUUAAGGCUUUUCACCCGCAGCAUACAGCAAGUGGGCAGAUUUAUAUUUAUUAACCUUUGUUCCAGAUUUUCAUAAAGUAUUUAGUUGGCUCAAAAUUAUCAUUAUGAUCAAGAAGAGCAGAAACACUCUGCAGCAUGCCACUGAACAAAGGGACUGUUGCUGUUAUCUGGUGGUCUCCUUUCAUAAGGGCACGUUUCAGAAUACCUUCCUAUUCUGGGAACAUGGCUCACCAGGGGAGUGACCCGGGGUUACUGGGUUACAGCUACAGGAGUAAGUGACAGUGUGCUCUCGUGUCGAGAUGCCAGCAGUGCAGCAAGAGCUUAACACGAUGGGAGAACUUCAGUUUGAGUUUGCCCUCGAGCAAGGAGUGAGUGUAGUACUGUGUUGUGUGGUGAUUGAGCUCACAUCACUCUGAGCACAGCCAAUAACAGCCCUUGGGUGCCAGGUGUUGGCAGAUACUGGUUUAAGGAUGAAAACAGUCUGGCUGUGACUGGAGCCAGCAUCCUCACGUUGCCAUCAAAAGAACAUUCAAGUCUGUCUUUUGCUAAAUCCUGGUGUACCUUCAGAAAUACAUCAGUGUUUGUUGCUAAAUCCUGGUACUUCUGUGUCUUUGUUUCAUCCCUCUUUUCUCCAGUGAGGGAGAAAACUCACAGUGUAUGAUGGAAGCAUUUAAUGAUCCCAUCAUGGUUUCAAGGCAAGAGCCCAUCAGAAUGAAUCAUGCAAAUGGUUGUGACAGGAUAGCCUAUUGUCAGUAUUGCUGGGUUUAAAUUCCUCACUGUUCACUUUAGUCCCUGACAAGAGGAGAUUCUUCACAGCAAGUCUGUAGGCCAGCAGCAUGCUAGGCUUCUCACCUCUUGGCUCAGCUGUGAGAUGUUUCCCUAAAAACACUUCCUCCUUGGUCUGUUUAUUGUCAGUGUUUACAAUACAAACCCAUUCUUGAAAUCUUAUGACAUUGAAGUAUAACAGCUGACAUUUCUGCAUUUUUAUAUGUACUGUUCAUAUAGUAGCUUCAUAUGUAUUCUUUAUGUUAAUAUUCUUGAUAUUCUUCUGAGUACCUAAUUAAAAUAAUUUUAAAUAUUCUUCUUGUUUAAUGCCACCAGAGUAAAGUGUGUGGGAAGUUACAUAAUGCCACCUAAAAAAACAGUCACACAAGCCAAAAUAAUUUUAAGGGUAUUUGACUGAUUUCUGGAGGAGUAUUUUUGUUAGUCAUUUGGACACUUGCAUCUUAGAUUUACCUUUCUAAGAUAGGCCUAAGAGGCAACCUCUGCUUCUGAUUUAGUUCAAGAUCUGCAAGGCACAAAACAGGUGAAUGGAGAGGUCCUGCACAGGGCUGCUCCUCAGCGAUGGCAAAUGUGUGGCUUUUCAGAGACUGGUCCAUGUGCCAAAAUGUAAUUUCAUUAAGUUACCAUGAUAGCUUUUGCCCAGAGGUUUCAUUGUCUCUUAAAAUGUGCAUUGUUUGCAUUCAUUUCAGCUCCAUUUUUUGCAAUGCAAUUGUCAAAGCAGAGCUUACUCCCCCGUGGGGCUGGUAUAAUUGUGCUCCUCCACAUGCACCAAGCUCUCUGAAGCUGCUAGUGUAGGCUCUGCUACUGCUGUUCCAAAAAGGUUCCUCAAAUUCUCUCAGUGCUGAACUUACUUAUGUUUUCAGAUGUGAACUUGAUAUUGUCUGAGUAGAAUGUGUGCAGCAUAACAUAGAAAUGUCUCUGUGCAGGGUUUAGGAGGAGGCAGGAGCCCCUCAGCCGUGUGUGUGCUUUUAUUACAGAAAACCAAGAUGAAGUUUAUUGUUGAGUCAUCUGUUACAGCUGGUUUAAUUUGUACUUUGUUUUCCUGUUUUAAGUGCCUGAUGAUUUUUUUGUCAAGGAGGCAAUGGUUUCAUUGUUAUAAGGCAUACUUAGAAUUCUGUACUUGUUACCUGUUCUGUAAUAGAAUAUUUUUGCAAUUUCUGUUUGUAAAUAAAGACUUAUUAGGCAUAA